AUGGCAACAGUUUUGGUCCAGCCGCAGGCGCUGCACCGUGCGACCCCUCCUGCUUCUCCGAUCCCCUCCCCCUCGCCUGUCAAUCGACGACCGAGUCCAGUGAUUCCACUUAUUCCAACGUGCCCAACAAGUUCUGUUCCGACCUCUCAGCCGACCCCAGACACCCCAGAAUCCCCGUUCAAUGAUCCGGUCCCUUGGCCCUUGGACUUGGACCUGAACGAAAAAGUACGCAUUACAGACGCGACAGAACUCCCUGUGUACGCGAUUGAUGGACCCACACUAGCAGCUGUGAUGGCACACCAGGCAUCCCGGCCUCUCCCUGACCCGGCCACGAUGUUCCCUUGGCUCCAUGGGCUGCAUCCAUCAAAUCACCUGCAGGUGGGGUUCUUCGACAGCCGCAAGAAGCGUCACAGCCGACGCACCCGCCGCAAUUGGCGAGGCAUCACAGUGGUAAAGCUUGGAGGCGACCUGACGAAGUCACGCAUCAAGGGCGCAGUCAGCCCGCAGGAGUUGCUUGCACCUUAUGGUGACCAGUUCUUAAAUCCGGAUCCCCCUGAGGGAUUCUCCGUGCGCAAUUUCCAGAUCCAAACCGCCAAGCUCGCUCCAGUCACGGAUAUUGUUGUCUAUGCCGAAAGCCAGACUCUUCACCGAGAAGCUGUCGAUCUGGCCAAGCGGUUUGCUUCGGCGCAGGCGCUGUGGGCAUGCGGAUCGGAGAGUCGUAGAUAUCGGACGCCACCGCCGUGCAGCACUUAUGUCCUGAUGGACGACUUUGCCGACGUCGCGCAGAAUCAGCCUGAGCUCAUUGCGAUUGACGCGACAGGCCAAUCGACAGGGCAAGCUAUGGAGUUCGCCCGAUGGGAGCGAAAGGAAAUGACUACAAUGUCUCGAGCAUCCGAGAUUGCGCCCAAUGUCUGGCUGGGGCCCACUCCGGAUUACUUCCGCAGGACUGGACCUUUUGAGUCUUCGGAGGAUGACCCGUAUGACCUCUUUAUCGAAACAGGCGAACUAGCCGACAUUCCGGGUCCCAGGUUCCUCGCCAUGCUGGACAAAGACAUUGAGAACGGUCCUCAGCGCAUGCAGUUCCCUUGCUCGGGGACUCUCCUACUUCCAUCUUACAACGACCGAGAAGUUGAGGACAUCAUCAACACUGUUCGAUGGAUCUACUAUCUCGCAAACCCGGAACCGGAAUCAGAAGAAUUAGCCAGCGACGGGGUUAAGCCAGGCACCGAUACGGACAUGCUAGAACUCAACGAUGACCAGCCCGGAGAUGCUCAGAUGGAUUCCGAUGGCAACGCCGUGAUCCGGUCCGAUUGCGAUAGCGAGGCCGCGAGCACCAGCCCGAGUGUGAAACCUCGCAAGAUUCUUAUCCAUUGCAAUGACGGAUAUACCGAAAGCUCGCUGUUGGCCUUGGCCUACUACAUGUUUGCAAAGGGCGUGCCUGCCCAUGAGGCUUGGCUUCAACUGCAUACAAUCCAAAACCGCAAUUUCUUUGCCUACCAGUCGGAUGUGGCUUACCUAUGCCACAUACAGGGACGUCUCUUGCAUGAAAGCCCUGCCGCUCAAUCAUUGAAUAUCACGGAGAUGUCUGAUCCGGAUUGGUUUCACCGCAUCGACGGCUCCUUCCCUAGUCGGAUCCUGCCGUAUCUGUAUUUGGGCAAUCUGAAUCAUGCGAACAACCCGGAACUCUUGUGGAAGCUUGGAAUCCGGCGUGUGCUCAGCAUUGGCGAGUGCGUCAAUUGGAAGAACAAGACCAACAUCGGAUUCCGCGAUAGAGAUGUGAUGUACAUUGACAAUGUCCAAGACAAUGGCAUUGAUCCUUUGAGUAAGGAGUUUGAGCGUUGCUUGAAAUUUAUUGAAGAGGGUCGGGACAGCGGCACUGCCACGUUCGUUCAUUGUCGGGUCGGCGUUUCUAGAUCUGCCAGUAUUUGCAUUGCCACCGUCAUGGCGCACCUAAACCUCUCUUUCCCACGCGCAUACUGCUUUGUUCGCGCGAGGCGACUCAAUGUCAUUAUCCAACCUCACCUUCGCUUCGUCUACGAGCUUCUUCAGUGGGAGGAGGUCUUGAUGAAGAAAAGAGGAGAGCCCUACCGGCGCGAACUGGAAUGGACCACAAUCGCACGUGAAAUCGCCAUUCUCAAUAAGCCCUAUUCCAAGCAUUAG